GUAUUUCCCCACCCCUGCUGCUUUAAAGACGCAAUACCACUUAUGAAGCACGACAGAUUGCAAACACAUUCACACCGAUCAGUAGAUGAGAAGAGAAGCCACUUCACACUGUAAACAGAUAUUGCUGGAUGGAUAAAGAAACAAAAGUGAAAGGCACAAGCACACUUCCUUUCGGUUCAAAGUUUUAUCAAGCUGCAGCAGAAUGUUUAAAAAAGUUACUCGAUCCAUAGCAAAGCAGAUGGAUUCAAAAGGAGAACUGAUUCCAGUUUACAGUAUCUUAGACCAAGAACAUUUCAGACCCUACUGCCUUGUUAGGAGAAAAGAAAAAACCAUAUUCCACCCAACUCCAGGCUACCGAAGAACAGAGUAUAGUCUCUAUGAUGUGUUGCUACUUGGAGGAGACAAAACAAGUGCAGAGUUCCUCAUUCCCACUGAAGAUGUUCAAGAUUCAAGCCAAGUUACAUUCACACACCACGUUGAUGGCAAAGUUGAAGGGAAACUUCACCUCCCUGUUAAAUCUGCAAACACAGAAGUAUAUGGAUCUACCCGCUGGUCCAAAGAGGGGUCCAUCAAGCUGGAAAAAAAGUACAUACCAGUAGCAAAACUUGAGUCACUAAAAACAGAAAGAAAAUUCAAUAUGAAUCACUCCUUCAUUGCACAAUUAAAGAAAAAGCAACAGAAUUUGUAUUUGGUUUAUGAAUCAAUACAAACCUCAGAGGAGACCAACUAUAAGGAAACCAACAAGACCGAAGGGAGCUUCAUGGCCCAGCUUUAUGCCAAGUUCAGCGCAGAGGGCACCAGAAGCUGCAAAGAAAGCAUAACUAUACCCAAAGGCUGCACCAUAGCAUUCAGAACAAUGCAGCUGACUAUUGAUGAUGGAUCAUGGGAUAUUUACCACUUCCCAGAAGAUAACGUACAAACAUUUGUAUCUGAUGGCAAGCAAUGCUUCUUACAUGGAAAAUUAGGAGCGCUAGAGAAGGAAGUUAAAGCAAAAUACCAAAUUUUCUCCAUGUUGUCUGUGGAUCUGUACAACACAUUUUUAAAAUCCAUCAAAGCUGUGAUGAGAAACAGAAACCUCUUUCAAGAACUGACCCAGAAAAUGGAAGCUGUUCUUGAAGAAACUGAUAAUUGUGAACUGAAAACAGAGAGCCCAGACUUAAAAGACCUGCUGCACAGUUUACAGGAUUCUCCGAGAGACCUCCUCCUUAAGCUUGCAAAAGCAAUUAACUACACCCUUUAUGCUUUGGACGAAUUAACAGAGGAUCAGCUGCUGCUAUUGCUGGAGUCUUUGGAAGAGAAGAUUGUGUCCCAACAGCUUAAGCUGGUCAAGAGCAUCUUGGAAUACGACAUACAAAAUACGGAAGGGUGUUUCAGCGUGGAUGCCAGUCUGCUCUCUUUCUCACAAGAGAAGGAACAAAAAUUAACCACUGUAAUGUUAGAGAUGAGUGGAGUGAAGAUUCAGAAAAAUGGAUCUGCUGAAUGUAAGCAGGAAGCCUUCUCAUCCCUAGCAGCCCUGUAUGCAUCUUUGUAUGUGCUAGAUCUUCUGAGUAAAUUAGACUAGACUACACUUUUCUUCCGGUUAGGAAUGAUUUAAAGGGAAUGGCUUGAAGAUAUAUUUGAAAGUUUGUUUCUGCAAGAUACUUUCUCUCUCCAAGCUUCACUCCUAUCUGUGUGAGACAUUCUUUAUAAGCACUCAGUCCUGCUUAUAAAUGAGUGGGAAAAGCAGAGUCCUAAAGCAACAUAUCUGCUUAUAGAAGCCCAAAACCAAAUCUCAGAAUUAAUUUCCCAUUGAUUGCAUAGUGCCAACUGAAAAAAUUCACUAGCUAAAGAUUCUCAAACCUGCCAGUUGCACAUUAUAUGAUCCUAGUUUUACUAGGAAACAUCAGCACAUAGCUUCUGAUGCAAUCAACCAGAGGCAAAGGAAUACAUCAGGAGCAGUUUGCUUAUACUUGAAGGUGAAAUCCAGGUCACACUUGCAAUUCCCGUGUGAGUCACUAAGUGGUAGAUAUUAGAAAAUCAACAGAACUUUGAGAAUUGCAAGAUCUCAAAGCAUUUUAAAGUUGCACUAUCUGUUAAAAUGAUAUCUUCACCACACAUCCCAUGAGUGCUGCAGAAGAAUAGAUUAUGACAGUUUUAGAAUACAUUCAGCAGUCCCCCUACAACUCCUGGGCUAAAUCAGGCAAAGAAUUGUGACCAGUAUUCAAGCAGAUAUGGUUACCUACUCAUAGGAUGAGUUUUAAAGUUAUCAGAAAACAUUAGACAGGUCAGAUAUCAAAGAAAGUAUAUUUGUUUCUACAACCACCACAAAGGAAGGAUCCAUUCAUCUACUUUAAACACUUUAGGAUAAAAAGAAGUCACAGAUCCCAGAAGUACAAUAGUAAAGUUAUGCUGUCCCAUUCCUCCUCCUCUAAUCGUAUCAGCAGAGAUUCUGCAGGCCACUUUAAUCUAUCUUCUUCAGCAAAUACUGCAUCACUAAUUCUCUUCACAAUCAUGCAGAUAACCUUUUUCCCUAGCAGUAAAGAUAUUCUAAAUACAGAGAUAUCAAUGUAACCUUCUAUAUAUUAUAGCCUGUCACAGAUUUUCUUUUACCAGCAGAUAGUUUGUGCUAGAGUAGAUCUUAGAUGCCAUCUCUGCCCAAAAAUGGGUGUUCUCCUACUACUCCAAUACCACACUUUUUAGUGUCAUCACAUGUAUUCUUGAAGCAAGGGCUGUGCAAUGGACAGCUCACAGGCUAGACCCGGCCUGCUAAACAGUUCUGGGGCAAACAAAACUAGUUCCCACCACUAUUAGGUAGUUAUGUGCUGUGACCAUGCAGCUCUUGAACAACCUCCUCCAUCAUGAUCCACCACCUCCAUGUUAGAGAAACUAGAAAAUUGUUUUUAUACGGUCAUUAGAGAACUCAAUAAGUAACAGUGGGCUGCACAGCUGGCUUGCCCCCACCUUGCUAUAAAAUUCAGAAAACAAAUGUGAAAUUGGUUGUGUUUUUAACUCUUUUAGAGCAGGCAUAACAAAUGCUCUGCCUACUGUGACAGAAAUAAAGAGAAGUAUUUCUUAUCGAG